AUCAAAAGCCGAAACUUCGACCCAGAGUCGCGGACAAUACGAAAACAUGAUCAUACGGAUGAUGUCGUUAUGCAAGAUACGGUCGAAAAAGAUGUGGCUGGUCUAGCAGAACAAAUCAUCAUUGACGAUGAGCGACGGAGAGCCCAAGAACUUGACGUUUUUAACAUUGCCCCAAAACGGCCGAAUUGGGAUCUCAAACGUGAGCUCGAGAAGAAGUUGAGUAAACUGGAGAGGAAGACUCAGGAGGCGAUACACACAUUGAUUCGUAAG